AUGUACGUGUCCGAUAAGCCGAACCUUCCCCUGAUCCAGACUCUGCUGGACUCCCUGCAGCAGGACCUGCGGCUGCUGGUGGAUCCUCCCGACGGCAGCAAAGAGCAUCCUGCCACCACGUGUCUGGAGCUGUGGCUCUGUCACCCCGAGCUCAGCAGCGGAAUGUAUUACAUCGACCCGAACCAGGGCAGCCCGGCCGAUGCUCUGCUGGCUCACUGCAGCUUCUCCUCCUCAGUUAAACAGACCUGCCUCCAUCCCAGAGACUCUCAGCUUCCUGUGAAAGCCUGGAUGGAGGAGUUAUCUGACGAGGGCUCUUUUGAGUGGCUCAGCCGGCUGGAGCAGGGUUUUCAGUUCUACUACCCGGGUGCCAACGUGGUCCAGCUGCGGUUUCUGAGGUUACACAGCAGCACGGCCGUCCAGAAGCUGACCUACUCCUGUCAUCCAGGACAUAGACUGGGCCAGACGGACAGAGACAUCAAGUUCCUCACCGACACCAGGAGGCAGAGUUACCUCGGAGAACUCAAAGACUGUGUGCCGGGAGAGGAGAUGGUCUCCGGCCCUCGUGAGUCUGUGUUCGAGUUCGAGGACCUCCAGCUGCUUCCCCUUAGAGACUUGGCCCUAAUGGCGGGAGGAAACCUCACGUCCCCCUUUGGCUUCACGGUCGGACCCGUGUGCUUCAGCUAGAGGUGCUGGACCACCGUGCCGCCCCUCCCACAGGACCCACAGGUCCGGGACUCAAACCUCUGUUCUGAACGUGGACUCCAGGAGGACAACUGGAACGUAUCCCCC